AUGUAUUUAUCUCAACGUAAGUAUACACUUGACAUCAUUUCGGAUACUGGUUUGCUUGGGGCGCAGCCUGUCUCUCAUCCUAUUGAACAGAAUCAUCAUUUGGCUACGGCUACGGGUGCAUUGCUUCCUGAUCUGUUUCGUUAUCGUCGUUUGGUUGGUCGUCUUAUAUACCUUGGGGUUACUCGGCCGGAUCUCUCGUAUGCUAUUCAUUUGUUGUCUCAAUUUAAGCAUGCUCCGAGGGUGGAACAUUGGGAGGCGGCACGUCGGGUAGUUUGUUAUCUCAAGUCCAAUCCGGGUCAAGGUAUUCUUCUCUGUUCUGGCACUGAUCUUCGUCUUACGGCUUGGUGUGACGCUGAUCAUAACGGUUGUCCCUUAACACGACGUUCUCUCACUGCUUGGUUUAUUCAACUUGGUGGUUCUCCGGUAUCUUGGAAGACACGGAAGCAAGAUGUGGUUUCUCGUUCCUCGUGUGAGGCUGAAUACCGUGCUAUGGCCAAAACGGUUUGUGAGCUUCUCUGGUUGCGCGAUGUUCUUGUUUCCAUGGGUGUUGAUUGUUCAGCUCCGGUUUCUCUAUAUUGUGAUAAUGAAUCGGCUAUCCAUCUGAGUAAGAACCCGGUUUUCCAUGAGCGGACGAAGCAUAUCGAAUCAGAUUGUCAUUUCAUUCGUGAUGAGAUUGUGCGUGGUGUCAUUGCUCCGCAACAUGUUUCGACUAAGGUUCAGUUGGCUGAUAUUCUCACUAAGGCUCUUGGUCGUAAAGAGUUUGAUGAUUUUAAGCUUAAGGUGGGUAUUCGGGACCUGCACACUCCACCUUAA